ACAUCAUUUGACAUUUAUUCGUAGCUCAGCAAAAACAGAAACUUUUGCGGUACGAUAAAUUUUCGUUUUUUCAUGUCCCAGAGUAAAUCGAAAGAUCCGUGCAAGGCAGCAGCUUGUAAAAUUCAGACCUGUUUGCGAGAACACAGCUACGACGAGGUAAAGUGCUACGAUGUCAUCGAGGACAUGCGGCAAUGCUGUCUGAAGUGGCAUAAAGUUUCAUUGUGCUGCUCCGGCAUCCAACUCGACCGUGACUACAAAGCAGAAAAGGAAACCAUCCUACGGGAGCGAGAAACAUCCCGUAAAAGCAAUGCACACUGAUCCGAGACGGCCGCUGCGUGUUCCAAAACGGACUUGGGUUCAACGUAAUCCGCGAUUGUUCAGCAACCUGCUAACUGGUACCGCUUUGUUAAUAUUCUUUUCGAAACCACUGUACGACGCGUUUAUUGCCGAUCCC